GAUACAAGCUGUAGAGAGAUUCUCCUCCUCGAAAUCACGACUGAAAUAUACCUGUAUGAUUUGCUUUCACAAUGAAAGCGCAGCAUUUUGUAGUAGUUUUAUUGCUGGUAUCUAAUAUAACAUUAUCUUCAGGUUUUCUGGAUGUGUUCGUGGCUGCUGCAUCUGUGGUUUACACAUAUUUUGAACGGGAUGACUUGCUGCCUUUUGAUUCAAAACGUUUGGAGGCAGAUUUAAGAGAAAACUUCUUUGGACAGCACAUUGCAUCCAAUGUUAUACAAAGAGCUGUGUCGUCAUUUAUGACUGACAGCAACCCAAAUAAACCACUGGUCCUCUCUUUCCAUGGGACUUCAGGAACUGGAAAAAAUCAUGCUUCCAAAAUCAUCGCAAGAAAUGUGUAUGAAAAAGGGGAAAACAGCAAGCAUGUACACUUAUUUAUAUCUGAGCAUCAUUUCCCACACACAAAAGAUUUACGCUUGUACAGUGCACCUCUAAAGCAGCAGAUUCAUGAAAGUGUAUCACGUUUUCCCCGCUCCAUGUUUAUAUUUGAUGAAAUGGAAAAAAUGCAACCACAGCUGAUCGAUGCCAUAAAACCUUUUCUAGACUACAAUGCCCUGGUAGACGGAGUGUCAUUCCACAAGGCAAUCUUCAUAUUUCUCAGUAAUGCAGGUGGGAAUGUGAUUACUGAAGUGAUGGAUUUCUGGAGAGAAGGCAUUAUUCGGGAAAACUUAUGGAUGGACAGCAAGGAACUGGAGAUUAAAAUCACUGAAAACAUCUUCAAUGAUAAGAAAGGUGGAUUUUUGCACUCUAGUAUCAUAGAUGAGCAUCUGAUUGAUCAUUAUAUUCCUUUCCUACCUCUGGAGCUGAAGCAUGUACGUCAAUGUGUCCUGGUUGAGAUGGCCCAUCUGAACAUCACCCAAGACUUCGAUCUGGCAGAUCAAGUGGCCAGAGACAUGCCUUACUUCCCUAAAGAAGAGAGAGUAUUUGCUGUUAAAGGCUGCAAAUCUGUCAGACAGAAGUUGUCGCUGUAUAUUGAUUAAUAGCAGCACAUGUUGUCCUGUUAGACACACAGCUCAACAGCAAUGACCUUACACUACUCUUUUGUUUUAACUUAUUAAUAUUUCAGUCUUGAUGGGUUACACUGAUAUCGGGAGUCUGGACUAUUCUGCUUCUUGAGAAGUUAAGAUUGUCUCAGUAUGAAACAUUUUAGUCUAGGCCUAUGUGUACAGCCUAAUUUUUGGGUCCACAUUCUUUAGUCCUACCAGAUUUUGGAAGUGGAUCCAAUUAUAUCAUGCAAUCAUUAAACCAGUUCUACUGUAUGGAAGUGAAAUUUGAGGACCAGUAUUACAUUUUGAAAAUUGGGAGAACACAAUUGGAAUUUGUAAAAAACAUUCUAAGGGUAAACAGAGGCACUUCUAACAAUGCUUGCAGGGCUGAUGGGCUUAUAUCCCUUACACAUUAAAAUACAAAAAAAGAGCUGUUCAAUUCUGGCAUCUAUCUGACACUGAAUCUAUUCAAUAUAAAGCCAUUCUUGCCCAGUGUCUCAUCUUCUAAAUAUACUCACGCUUAAACUAAUGAAUGAAACUCAAGCUGAGACUGACUCCAACCACAACCCCAACAUUCAAAGAGAAAUCGACAAAAAUCUAAAGAAAUUAAAAUAAAAAAAUCUAUUUGACCUCCAAAACAAACUCCAGUGUUAUAUCGGGCCUAAACAGAAACACCAAAUUGGCAAAUCAAUUAUCAAAUAAACAACAAAAACAAAAGAAAGAUAAAUUCUUGAUGGCAGUCAAACUACCUGCAAAAUAUGUGUACACCAUACACACCAUAUGAAGUGGUUAAUCCAUUGUAUUCAUUUUACACAUUCCUCAUUGCAUAUAAUUGUAAUUAUUAUAAUUAAUAUUAAAGAUACUGCCUG